AUGAUCGAAUCAGCAAAUCAAGUAUCCUCUUCUAAGGAUUUUCAAGUGGUAGAUCAUGAAAUUGCUUCAGCACCUUCUCAAGUCACAGGUGUUGAAUCGAAUACAGAUCUCACUGCUACUACAACGAAUACACUUUCAGCCUUCUCUGUUGUGACAAAAUUACAAGAUCGAUUCUCUUCAUUGGUGAUAUCCGUUCAAGAUCGAAAGAGUCAUACCUCAUUCAAAUAUUUCCUGUACAUGUUAAUGUUUAAUUUAUAUGUUAUGUGGUGUUCGAUAUUUAUUCCAACGUUGGGAAAUUUUACAAAUUUUGGUGAAUAUGGAUCUCAAGUAUUUACUGUAGCGACCUAUCCAGUGACACUCUCACUUCAAUUACUAUCGUAUGAUGCUUCCAUAGCGUUGAUGAGUUUGGUUGCCGUCAUUGUCUUGUUGCAUUUGUUAAUGACGUUUAUAGCCCAUCGAAGUGUAGCACAAUCAAGUCGACACACCAAGAUUGUGUUAAGUGUGUCACAUUUUAUGAAUCACGUGAUGGUCUUGGGAAGUUUAAUCUUUGCAUUUGUGUUGACAGCUUUUGUGGAUUGUCAAUUUCAACAAGUAACGUUAUUGACCGAUGACGAUUCGCAAGCUGAUUUAUCAAAAGUUGUUCGAUACCCAACAGUUGAGUGUUACUCUUCUCCUAAUAUCAUUUCCUAUGCAAUUUCUUGUAGCGUAUUUGUGUUACUACUCGUGAGUGUCACCUUGUCCAAUUUGAUUAUUCGAAAUGGAAAUCCUCUCAAUCGAUCAUUAUUUAUCUCAGAAACAAGUUUCCAUGUAGUGCUUCUUGCCUUAUUCAACUGCAUUGAAAUAUUUGCUACUUUUUUAAUUCCAAACUUAUAUCUAUAUGGCAGAGCCAUCUUACAUUUGGGGUUUUCAGUGAUUUGGUUUUUAUAUGUAUUCUUUAGUGUUCCUUAUUUUGGUAAAAGAGAAAAUGCCUUGUACAGUGGAACAGGACUGGCCAAAGUUGGAGCUUCCAUAGGCUGUCUCGUUGCAUGUUUUGUGAACAAAUCCAAUGAGAUGGGUCUUGCCAUGAUGGGUUUAACUUUGGGUCUCAUGUUGUGCUUCUUUCUCAUUGGUUACAUUUCAAUGGAAGUUGUGAUAUUGGCCAUAUGCAAACAAAUAUCAAGUAUUAUUUCGAACAAUCCAAGUCCUCAGCAAGCUUUUCAAUGCAUGGAUGGUAAGAAGAGAUCUCUCAACAUCUUUCUAAGACUCUGUGUUCAUAUUUCUCCCUUUUCGAAACGAGAAUCUAAUUACGAGAAAACAGAAUAUCAAGAAAUGGCACUCUCCAUGGCUCGAGUCAUUACUUCGAAUAAGAACAACGAUGCAGAGAACGCGAGUCUUUUAUUGACCAGUUCUCUUCUCAUUGCAUAUACUUUUGAAGAUUCUAAUAGUUACUCGUAUGCCUUGUACUUGUUGAGAAGAUGUUUAAAAAGUUCGAGAAAUUUCUUGAUCAAAUUUUCUGUCAAUGAGAGAACCAAAGAAGUUGAAACUGCUCAAAACAAGGAUUCCAAGAGUGCUCAGUGCUUGACAGAGAUUAAACAAACUCUCGAAGCUUUAACUAAAGGAGAAGAAGAAUUGAAAAAUCUUCAUCGACAAUUUUGGAAAGAAUUAUUGAAUGAACAUCCCAAUUUGGACAAGUUAGACAAGAUCAAUCGAAGAACAAGUCAACUCUCCAUUUCCAUCGAAGAAACCUAUGUCAAUCUCAUGUCCGUUCACAGUAAGGAAAAGCAAGUAUUAAGAAAAUAUGCAAACUUUGUUGAAACCUUUCGAUUCGAUAAGGAACUCUCACAACAUCUCUAUCAGGAAGCUGCCAACAUUGAAGAAGAAGAAAGUUCCAAGAAAGCCAUGCACGGUGUCGAUCAUCAUGGUGGAGUUGCAAAUUCAUUAGGAAAAUUCUCCAAUUUUGACAAGACAAAACGAUACUCUGCUGCCAUGAGUCCUGUGAAAUUUCAUAACAAUGCGCUCAAUAUGACUGGAGACUUGUCCAUGACUGGAGAUUUGCAUGCACUCGACGAUACCACCUUUAAUGGUAUUGAAUCGAAAGAAUUUUCGAAAAAGGAAUUAUUGAUUCGAAAUUCUCUGAAAACCAUUGAUCAGAAAAAGGCACUUUUUGUCGUCUUUUUAAUAUUCUUGUGUCAAGGAUCCAUGACACCAUUGGCAUUAUUGAGAGAAAUUUCCAUGAUUCAAAAUGCCAAUCAAUUCAUGAAUGAAGGAUAUUCCAUUUCGAGUACAGAUGCUCCCAUUCUAAAUUUCAUUCGUCUCGAACACAAGAAUACUGUGAAUUUUUACACCAAUCAAAUUGAUGACAUUUUGACAGAAGCUCAAUCGAAUACUUUUACGAAAAACCUCUAUGCCAUUGCGUCAGCUCCAACCACUCCCGUUCUCAUUCCUUCCAUGUUACAAAACAACUCUGCAAAUUUCGACAAGAAUGGAAAUACCACUUACAUUUAUAGCUAUGUGAAAAAUUCAUCCUUAAUUGAAACCUUAAAUUACUUGAAAAGUGCUGGAAGAGAUUUCGAAGCAUGGAAAGACAUGGAUUACAAUCAAACCAUUCAAAACUAUCAAUUCAUGUUUGUUUGGAGAAAUCAUCAAGUCAUUCGAGAUUUAAUGAUGAGUUUCUGUAACAGUGCACUCGAGAGUAGUAAUGCAUCAUUGAGUACCUUCUUUCAAGUGUUUGCCAUCAUUUUUGGAAGUAUGGCAUUUUGCUUGAGUGUGAGUUUUUUCAUUUACUUGCUGUUGAUGCGUGGCUUGUUGGAUGGAACGGAUCAAGUGGCAAAACUGUUCAUGCAUUCCCUUUCAAAAAAUGUCAUUGGAAAGAUUUAUCAUGAUUUGGCCAACAAGACCGAUGAUGAUGGAAAAGUUCAUUUACCAUCGUCUGCACUGACAAAACCAAAGAAUUUAUUCUUUAUUUUGGGAAUGAUUGGAAUUGUGUUUUGUGUAUUGGCCUGUGGUUUGAUGGUCAUGGAAACAAAUUCAAACUUGUCACUCUCGAAUAUUACCAUGUUGAAUGUCGUGCACGGGACGGGAUUGUUACGUUUCAUUAAUCGAGCAAAUUUGAGAAUUAAUUCAUACUUUAAAUUCUUGAGUUUGAACAAGAAUACGUUGAAUGAUCCAUCGAUGGCUUCUUCCGAUGAAAUUCAAUCGUAUAAUGAAGAACUCAAGUUGAGAAUUUCACAAAUAUUUAGUGAAUGGAAUUAUUUAAUAUAUGGAGGAGGUGAGACAGAUCCAAGUGUGGGUCGUUAUCAAGCCAUUGAUGAUCUUGUUCAGGGUGUGAAAAAUUGCUCACAACUCUUUCAAACCAAUUCUCAUAACAUGACGGAUUAUGAUGCUUUCAAAUUGAAGUAUUGUACAGGUUUGGAAGAUUUGAUUGCCUUCUAUGCUCGUUCGACUUUGGAAUUGAAUGAUAACUUUAUGAGUCCUCAAUUUUUGGCUAAAAAAGGUGAUGCGUUCCACUCGGUUUUGAAUUUGUACUAUGCCACCAAUUUAUUGUGUCAAAAGACGUAUGAUUUUAUGACUCUCUUUGUGAAAUAUUCAUCCAAUACUUCGAAAAUCAUUACCAUUUUGUUUGUAGCAUUGGGAACAGUCUUUCUAGGUGGUCUUUUUUACUACAUGUUCAAAUUGAUUGAGAAGAACAAAUUGGACUUCUUCCACAUGAAAAUGAUGCUCAACUAUUUACCUCUCGAAUUUAUUGAUAAUAAUGAGGCUAUCAAGCAAUUUGUCCUGUAUAACCAAAUUGCACAACAACACACUAAUACCAUCAUGAAAGUUUCAAGCAAAAUCAUGAAAAAGAACAAUCAAGUACAUGCUACCAAUGCAGUCUCUGGAGACAAUGGAAAAGUGUUUAGUGUUCUCAACUCAUCGGUCGAUGGUGCCAUCAUGUGUGGUGAAGAUGGUUCCAUUGAAUUUAUCAAUAAUGCAGCUCUUAAAAUGUUUGGAUGUGGAAAUAGAGCAGAUGUUGUUGGAAUGCCCAUGUACAUUUUAUUUGACAGCAAUCAAAAGGCAAUUAUUGAAACGAGUAUUGAACAACUCAAGCAAAUGGCAUACAAAAAUCAAAGCUCUGAAACAUGUGGGGAGAUUUUAGAAGUGGAUUGCUUGAGAAGAAAUUCAACAAAAUUCCAUGCCAAGCUAAAUGUAUUUGUAGUGGUGUUUGAGAAGGGAUCACCAGUCAUUACUUGCUUCAUUAAGGACAUUACUUCUGAGAAGAAACAAAAUGCGUUAUUGGCUGAAGAAAAAGCGAAAUCUGAACACUUGUUGAGAAAUAUCCUUCCCGAGUCAGUAGCAGUGAAACUCAAAUCAGGAGAAACGUUCAUAGCCGAAAAGUUCAAUGACGUGACAUGCUUUUUCAGUGAUAUGGUUGGAUUUACAAAAAUGUCUUCGAAUAUGAACGCAAAUCAGCUCGUAGGAAUGCUUAAUCAUAUUGUGAAUGGAUUUGACAAACUCACAGAACAAUAUCAACUUGAAAAGAUCAAAACCAUUGGUGAUGCAUACUUUUGUGUGGGAGGUUUACCUCCACAUGACACUUCUGACCAUCCAGAGAGAGUGGUGAGAUUUGCCAUUGAUACCUUCCUUGUGUUGAGAGAAUACAAUAUGGAAAAUGUGGAUCCUACACUCAAGUCGAAAUUAGAAUUGGAAUUAAUACUGGUUCAGUCAUUGCAGGGGUUAUUGGAACAAAGAAGUAUUAACGUAGCUAGUAGAAUGGAGUCGACAGGUAUACCCGGACGAAUUCAAAUCAGUCGUUCUACUUAUGAAAGAGUUCAUGAUCUUGGAUGGACAUUUGAAGAACGAAAAGUUGAAGUCAAAGGAAAAGGUCUUUGUCAAACCUACUUGCUAAACGCAGAUCAUCACCAACGUGCAGUUAUCAAGGCAACAGAAAAUCUUUAA